AAAACCUCAAAACCAAGCUCCCACACUCGCAUCCACUAUGCUGAACGGCGAUUUCGAAACGGGAUUUUCCAUCGAUGAAGGCUCUGAAGCCACCCUACGCAUACGUCAUGACGGCAACCCAAACAGGACUAAGAUCACCGCUCAAGAUCUUGGCAAUACCUCGUUCGCCGUGAAGCUCUCCCAUGUCCAAUACGGCACCUAUUCCGGCCAGGAAGCCGUCCUCCUACGAUUUAAUUUCGAAUUCACCUUUCAAGAUGGAGGUUUGAAACGAUUUCAGUCCGCUGCGAUUCGCCUAAAGCUAGAAGAGACGCAGGAUGCCAGCCUAUCCGACCCUUCUCCGAGAUUACCCAAAAAUGACCCAAAGAUUGUCGUCAUCGCCCCAGUACAAAUUUACGGCGAAGUCAAGAAAGAGUCGAGGACCAGAAGUUGGGAAUUGAGCGUGCCUAUACAGUAUAAUAAUCGAGGUGCUCAGGCUGGUUUGGAAGCUAGCUACACCUCAACCACACAAGUUGAAGUGGAUCACCGCAUGCAGAUCCAUGGAUCCACCACCAGUGACGACGAACAUGACGAUGAUAACAUCGCGGUCUGGCGCACCAUUGAAAAUAAGGCACAAGAGAGCGGCAUACUCCAUCAAUUUCCUGCCGCAGUUGUCGCGGUUCUGCCGGCGGAGCAUGAACGUCCAGUCAAGCUCACCGCUUUGGUCCAGCCUUCCAUAAUCUUCAGCCUCAAUCCAUUGCGUCUUGUGCAGAAGAAGGAUGACGCUGUCUUCCUGGACAGAAGAACGCCGAAAGGGAAGCCAUUCGGGCAUGGGUUGGACUUCGACAACCCCGCUUUUCCAUGGGGUGACGUGGUAAAUAUUCCAAAAGAAUAUCAUUUGACUUCGUAGUGUUACGAACCAAGCAUGCGGCCAUAUGACGACCGCAGGCAACCAGACCAGGAAGGAAGGAAAGCCGAGUCAGGCUCGGCGUCAUACUACAAGGCUAUGUCACGUGAUUGGGAUCAG